AUGCCACCAAAAUCCGGAAAGCCUAACGUUCGUAUCGGUUGUUAUUCGGCCUUUUUGGGCGAUUCGCCUGAAGCAGCUUCCCAGCUUGUCUAUGAAGAAGGCGCCAAUCUCGAUUAUCUUGUCGCCGACUACUUGGCAGAAAUCACAAUGGGCGUAUUGGCCCUGAAAAAGAAUGCUCGUUUGCUGAGUGGUAACAACAAGGAUCCAAUCAGCGGAGAGCCAGGUGCUGACUACAUCAAUCAGUUUGUCAACCUAAUCCUGAAAAAGCUGUUGCCGGACUUGCAGAAAAACAAAACCAAAGUGAUCACGAAUGCGGGAGCACUUGAUCCACAUGGCUGCAAAGCGGCCAUCGAAAAACUGUUCGAUGAGCUCAAUAUCAAGGGCAUGAAAGUCGCAGCUGUCGUUGGUGACGACAUGAUGAACGGGGAGAACAUAACCACGCUCGAAGCGUUCAAAAAGGACAUCGUAUCCUUUUCGCCCUUGUCUGUUAAAAACCUCGAUUUGGAUGCCGACCGAUUCCCUGUUAAUAACGAGCCGAUCGUGUCCAUGAACGCGUAUUUGGGCGCCAAGGGCAUCGCUGCUGCUUUGGAAGCAGGUGCGGAUAUCGUUAUCACAGGCCGUGUUGUGGAUUCGGCUAUCGUGGUCGGUCCAUUGAUGUACGAAUACGGCUGGGAUGUGACCAAGCAUAAGAAUUACUAUGACUUGCUGGGAUCAGCCUCUUUGGCUGGCCAUAUCAUUGAAUGCGGCUGCCACGCUACAGGUGGCAAUUUCACUGACUGGCGACAAGCUGCCUACUCACCGUAUGGAGGCUAUUCAAACAUGGGCUAUCCCAUUGUCGAGUUUGAAGAAAGCGGCGAAUUUGUGGUCACAAAACCUGUCAAGACAGGUGGAUUGGUUACCGUGGGCACUGUCGCUGAACAAAUUCUGUACGAAACUUUGGAUCCUGCUCUGUAUAUCUUGGCCGAUGUCAUUUUGGAUAUGCGACAGGUGCAGUUGACGCAAGUCGGCGAUAAUCGUGUUCAUGUCAAGGGCGCCAAAGGUUACCAGGCAACUCCGUUUGUCAAGUGCUGUGGUAUCUUUAUGGAUGGUUGGUCCGUCAACGGUACAUUGAUCAUUGGUGGUGAAGAUGCCAAAGGAAAGGCUGAAGCUGUUGGCAAAGCUAUUAUUGCACGAGCUCGACGUAUUCUCAAAGAACGUGGCAUUGGUGAUUUCCGCGAAUUCAACAUUGAGCCACUAGGAACCGAAAUUGCCCUCUUUGGAGCCAAUGCCAGAUCACAUGCCACUCGCGAAGUCGUUCUUAGAGUAUCAGCCGUCCAUAAUGACCGUAAGGCGCUUCAAAUGCUAUCCAAUGAAAUUAUGGCCCCUGUGACAUGUAUGGCUCCAGGUACAGGAUUUGGCAACCAAGCUAUCCCUUUACCCAAUCUGGUCCACUUCCCGUGUUUAUUGCCCAAGUCUAAGUCGACCACGGAGUACCUAAUUGGCUCUUCAUCGCAAAGAGUUGAUUGGGAUGAUUGGGACGAUGCGCUCACAUAUCAAAACAUUCCACCGUUGCCACCAAUUCCAACAGCCUCUGAAACUUCUGGCCUCGUCAAGACCAAGUUAAUCAGCGUAGCCUUUGGCCGCAGUGGCGACAAGGGCGACGUAUCCAAUGUUGGUAUCAUUGCCCGUGAUCCAAAGUAUUUGCCCUAUAUUAAGCGUAGUGUGACCGAAGAAGUCAUCGGCAACUACAUGCAGCACUUGUGCCAAGGCAGUGUGAAGCGUUACGAGCUUCCUGGAUUGCUUGCUUUCAACUUUGUCCUAACACACGCGCUCGGUAAGUUUCUUUAG